AUGCUCUCUUCCUUGUUCAACGUUGCCGCAUUGGCUCUCGUGGCGGAUGUAGCCUUUGGCGCUGCUGUCAGCAGCAAUGUCGCAAACUCAAAGACUGCCGGAUCUACUGCUUCAGACAUCUUCCCUCCAGCAAGUACCAAAGUCAACACUGCCCUGUUCCCUGACGAGUCCGUUGUCGGCUUCCCCGGGCCUACUCCCACUGGUAAAGAGGCCGCUGCUGCCCAGACUGCUCCCAUCUACCCAUACAACUCAGGUGCCGCUCAGUCUUUCCCGCUGGCCGUACCUCAACCUCACGGUUCGUCCGGCUAUGGCGACAAGUUCGACAUUACAAAGUACUGGGGAAACUUGAGCCCUUGGUACUCGGUCUCGUCUGCCGACUAUGGUCUGCCCGAAGCAAACCCACUCAUCCCAGAGGGCUGCACCAUCAACCAGAUGCUCUUGCUGUACCGUCACGGUGCCCGCUACCCUACCAGUGGUGCUGGCCCUUCCACCUUCGCCCAGAAGGUGCACAACGCCACCGCUUCUGGCUUCAAUGUCACAGGAGACUUGACCUUCCUGGCAGAUUGGACUUACAAGCUUGGUGCCGAACUUCUCACCCCCUUCGGCCGCAGCCAGAACUUCCAGCUCGGUGUUGAAUACCGUCAGCUGUACGGUGAACUGCUCAACAACUUCACCGAGCAGGAUGCCCUCCCUGUCUUCCGCACUCAGUCGCAAGACCGUAUGGUCAAGACAGCCGAGAACUUCGCUGCUGGUUUCUUCGGUGUCCCCGAGUAUCUGAACCAGGUCAACAUCGAGAUCUUGGUCGAGAACUCGACUGUCAACAACUCCGGUGCACCCUAUGAAGUCUGCCCCAACUCCAACAUCGCAACCCGUGGUAGUAUUGGAAGUACUGUAGCCAACAAGUUUGCCAACAAUGCGUUCAAUGCCACUCUUGCCAGAUUAAACUCCCAGGUUUCGGGUGCUCUCAACUUCACUGCCACAGAUGCCAUCGAGAUGCUCCAGCUUUGCUCGUACGAGACCAAUGCUCUUGGCUACUCAAAGUUCUGUGGCCUUUUCAGUGAGGAGGACUUCAUCAACUACGAGUACUACUACGAUCUGUCGUUCUACUACAACAACGGUCCUGGUUCGCCCGUCUCCGCUGCUCAAGGCAAGGGUUUCUUGCAGGAGUGGCUCGCACGCUUCACUCACACCUACCCUGACGCAACCUCUGCCCUUAACAAGACCUUUGAUAACUCAUCGACUUACUUCCCUCUGAAUCAGUCAAUCUACGCCGAUGCUACUCACGAGGUUGUCGUGCUGGACACUCUUACUGCUUUCAAUCUGACAGCCUUGUUCAACGGUCCUCCGCUCAGCGCCACUGGUAAUCAAGGCUCCAACACCUUUGUCGCCAGCAAGCUUGUUCCCUUUGCCACCCACUUCACCACCCAGAUCAUGACUUGCCCUUCGAGGAACCAGACUAAGCAAAUUCGCUUCCUGGUCAACGACGCUGUCGUUCCUGUCUCGGACUCACACGCUGGCUGCCCUGUCGACAAGGAUGGUCUCUGUCCUUUCGACACCAUGGUCAAUGUUCUGCAGAAGAGAGUUGCUGAGAUCAACUACAACUAUGACUGCUUUGGCAACUAUACCGCGUCUGCCGGUGUCAACUACAACGGUCGUGCUCCUAAAUCCUAG